AUGCCUAUGCUUUGCAACAAACUUGUCAUGCAUGACAAGUUUGAGCCAAGGGCAGUGAGAUCUAUUCUGUUGAGAUAUGCAGCACAUCAGAAGGGUUACAGGCUAUUGGAUUUGGAACACAGAGUGUUCUUUAUUAGCAGUGAUGUAGUGUUUUGUGGAGAUGUGUUUCCAUUCCAAUCCUUAGACACUGCUUCACCAGACUUCUUUCUUGACUCGACUCCUGUUCCUAGACAUGAUGUUAUUGCAGAUUUAGCUCCCAUGCAUGUUCAUUUGCCACACAAUGAAUCUUCCACACAAUCACCUCCAUGUUCUCCACAUUUACCUGAGAUUUCCCCCUCCACAGAUGCAAUACCUGCCUCAGCUCCUAAUGAUGAUCUCAUAGUUGCUGGUUCUACUAUUGAUGUUCCAGUGCCCAAUUGUAAUCCACCCAUUGUUGGGCAGGAUGUUAGAAGAUCGGGGAGAGUGUCCAAACCUCCCAUUUGGCUGCAAGAUUAUGUUCAGCCUACUAAAGGAAAGUCUACAGGAUGCUGUAAAUAUCGACUCUCUGAGGUAAUCACUUAUGAUCAUAUUACACCCAAGUAUCAAAGUUACUUGUCCCAAUUCUCUGUUGAAGUGGAACCAGUGACCUACCAAGAAGCGGUUAAAGAUAAGAGGUGGGUAGAAGCCAUGCAAUCUGAAAUCAAGGCUUUGGAAGAUAACCACGCAUGGACUCUUGUCCCAUUACCUAAGGGUAAGAAGGCCAUUUGGAUGCAAAUGGGUGUACAAGAUUAA